AUUUUCUAGCUAGACUAGUAUUCAAAAACAACAACAAAUAUAAUUAUAUUAUUAUAUAGAUCUAAUAUAUUAAUAUUAAAUAUUAUUAUUAUAAUAAUUAUACAAGACACAACUAGAUCUAUAUAUAUAUGUCAUAGUCAUACAGUAUACAGAUACACCCAUAUAUGAUAAUGAUACAGUGACAGUCAAUGUUAUAUUUUACAAUUUGAAAGGUGAUGAAAACCCAUGUCUAACAAAAUUAGAAACUCUUGUCAUAUAUCAAUAUCACGAUUUAUAACUGUUGCCCAACAUAUCCAGAAGUGUGGUCGAGAUCAAAAUUACUCCACAAUCACUACAAAAAGAUCUAUAAUUAUGGCUGAUGAUAAAACACCCAGUUCAACCUCACAAUUUGACAACUCCACUGUUAAUACUACAACAUCUAGAUCUAUAUCUAGUUGCAGUUCUGAAAACAGUAACAGUGUGAGAGUUAUCACGACUCGAAGAAGCUAUAGUAUGCCAAUGAAUGGGCAGAGCACUGCGGGUAUUGUGGUUAUUGGAGAUGAGAUUCUCAAGGGCCAAACCCUGGACACUAACUCCAAUUUUAUCUGUAAGAAAUUAUUCAAUAUGGGAGUUAAAGUGCAAAAGAUCUCUGUCAUCUGUGAUUCUGUUGACCAGAUAGCUAAGGAAGUAGCACACUUCUCCAAAACCUACUCCCAUGUCAUCACUUCAGGAGGAGUUGGACCAACACACGAUGAUAUGACUUUUGAAGGUGUUGCAAAAGCAUUUGGUCUAAAGACAGAACCUCACCCAGAGCUAGUCCAAUUAAUCUCAGAUUGGUUUCAUACCACUGAUAUGAACUCUGCUGAAAUGAAGAUGGCUAAGGUUCCUGAAACUGCCACACUUCAUUUUGGCUUAGAUCCCAAGACUCAGAAACGUUCCAAAUACCCACUAGUCUCUGUCAGGAAUGUGUACAUGUUUCCUGGAGUUCCUAAACUGCUGGAGCAAGCUUUCACAAUGCUAUCGCAUUUAUUUCAAAAUCCUGAUGUUGAGUUUCAUACUGAUGAGUUGUUUGUGAAUCAAGAUGAAGCCUCUAUAGCUUCUAACAUUAGUCAGGUGGCUGACAGGUACAAAGAAGAUGUUGUGAUUGGAUCAUAUCCUGAUUUGAUGAACAGCUACUAUAAAGUCAAAUUGACAUUAGAAUCUUUAAACCCUAAUGCACUUCAAGAAGCAAGAAAAGAACUAGUCAAUAAAAUGCCCACGGGGACUGUGAUAUCCUAUAACAAAGACCCUAUGGGAUCUGCAGUGAAUAGUGUAUACAGUAUACUAAAAGAUACCAACUCAACAGACCAUUAUAUCACAUGUGUAAAACAUGCAAUCCAGACAUUAGAAAGUGCUCUUGACAGAUAUCCGUUAUCUGAUAUAUGCAUUGGUUUCAAUGGAGGCAAAGAUUGCACUGUUCUGUUGCAUUUAUUUCAUGCUGUCUCUAAAAAAAAAUAUCCAGAUUUUCAAGGCCAAUUACAAGCACUGUACAUUAGGAGUCGUUGCCCGUUUCCUGAGGUAGAAAAAUUUGUUCAAAUCUCCAGAGAUAGGUACAAUCUAAUGAUGAUUCAUUAUGAUGGUAGAAUCAAAGAAUGUUUAGCAACACUUGCUCUUAAUCAUCCAAACAUAAAAGCUGUCAUAAUGGGCACAAGAAGAACAGAUCCAUGUGCUAGUCACUUGGAAGAAUUCUCAAUGACAGAUCCUGAUUGGCCACAGUUUAUGAGAGUCAAUCCAUUAUUAGAAUGGCAUUAUAAGCAUGUAUGGAGAUUUCUUCGAGAUCUUUCUCUUCCAUAUUGUAGCUUGUAUGAUCGAGGGUACACAUCCUUGGGUAGCAUGGACAAUACCCACCCCAAUCCACUGUUACAAUAUGUGGAUGCAAGAGGAGUGCUCACAUACAAGCCUGCUCAUGUUUUGGAGAAUGGGGAACAUGAAAGAGAUGGCAGGAACAAAUAAAGACAAUUUAAUCAACAUUCAAUAAGCAGGGCACCAUUCCCUCAACAGUGUAUGCUCUAGAAAACAUUUUUAUCUAUAAUUGUUUUAAACUAUUAGUGUAAUAGUUGUAUAUACGCUGAUUGUAAUUUAUAAUGUUUAUUACAGACAACAAAAAAGUUGUUGUGAUGUGUUGUUAAGGGAGACUACUCAUGUCAAAAUCAAAAUAUUUUUUUUUGCUCAACACAUGAACAUUAUAAAAACCCAUAUAGACAUAGCAAGCUUUAUUCAAACAUUUGGAAUUUUCUUUAAUAAAAAAGUCUGAAAUUUAAA